AGAUUUAAGUAAGCAUCUUAUUAUUAUAUAGUCAAUUGCAUACGAAUAUUCGUAAGAUAAAGAUCAUUUAUUGCAGUUUAUUUUAAUAUUAAUACGCAGCAAAAUGUUAGGUGGUAAAAUGCAAGGUCUUACAAAAGAAUCUCUGAAAAAGAAUUCUAUGUUACUGCCACUGUUUUUCUGCAUCGGAUUUGGAGCAUUUGCUGCUACAGGCUAUUUAUUACGCCUUGCAUUACGAAGUCCUGAUGUUACGUGGAAUACUAGAAGCAAUCCUGAACCAUGGAAUGAGUAUAAAGAUAAAGAUUAUAAGUUUAUUAGUGUUCGUGAUACAACUAACUUCAGAGCAACACCUCCGCAAUAUUAAAAACAUAUAUUUUGUAAACUAGUCUUAAUUAAAAAAAGCUAUGUAGAAAUCAAA